GUCUCUCCCUUGUGAAAAAAGUGUCUGCAAUAUGAAUCCUGUUAGUGACUGGCUAUACAGCAAUUCGGGGGGGGGGGGGGCUCGUUCGAUUCGAUAGACUUCUUAUUUCGGGUUUGUUUGCCAGAUUCUUUUGUACCCCUCUGCAUCUUGCAUCACAACGACCGGUGUUCAAAAACGUAAUGUUUGCAUUUACUCCCUUCCUCUUAAAUUCCAAAAGCAUACAACGUGUAACCUUUACAGAUUCAUGUAUGCUGGGUAGGGUGCAGACAACAUUGCCACUGGAAACAACAUAGUUCAUCGAUCAACAAUAAUAAUUAUGAUUUCGGAUACAUAUCUUCUGAAAAAGGACAUAUGAAUGCUCGGGAUUGAAUCAUGCAUGGAUGCAUAAUUUUGAAGAUGGCCAAGGAUAUCUCUGAGAUGGGUUGAUGAUAGUCUGCUAUAGUUUGAGUUUUACAAAAUGUUCGUUCGUCGCCGGAAAAGGUCCGCCGCUCGAUGGAGGACACAUGCUCUGACAUUCGUCUCCUUGUGCAGUACACUGUUCUAUUUCGGCUUCUACAAUCGCUCCGUCUUUCAGGAUUUUUUCGCCCGGACCGAGGUCGACGACUACCAAGCGGUGAACGAGAUAAGGAUAAGACAAACCUUAGACAAGGCUUCGGCGUCGUCGUGGAGUUAUGACGCUGAGAAACUGAGGGAUGCGCCGGAAAACAGUUUGAAAAAUCUUGCACCUCAGCUAUUCAAGGCCCUUCCGCAGCCGUUUUCCCCCAAGUUUAGGAAUCCAUGUUGGGACGUCCGCAAGAAACCGAGGCAGUGUCUACCUUAUUUCUAUCUCAUCGGGAUGCCCAAGUGCGGCACCACGGAUCUGUGGAAUAAAUUAAUCCGUCAUCCUUACAUCGCUGACACCAAGAAGGAACCACAUUGGUGGAGUAGGAUAAGGAUGGGUCGAGGCAAUGUGAACCACACAAGGUUAAACUCCAAUCCUAUCUCAUACUACAGUCGAUUUGCCAAAUUACUUGUCAACUACACAAAGGUGUAUGAUCGCAACAUAAGCAAGGUUAUUGCGGGUGAUGGGUCUGCGUCUACCAUGUGGGAUAACCGACUGUGGAGGCAAUUUUAUCCUAAGGCUACCCAUGGCCCCGCCCAUGUCAACGGGGAGUUGAUUAUAACGAUCCAACCAGAUGCAAGGGCGAUAGCUAUCCUGAGAAACCCCUCAGACAGGUUAUACUCCGACUACCUCUAUUUCACCCCUGCAAGUACGCUAACACCUCAACACUUCCAUGAAAGAGUACAAACAAGUAUAGAGAAGUUCCAUGAAUGUAUAAAGAGAUUAGAUGUCCGUACGUGCACGUACGAUACCAGUAAUAUAAAGAACUUUGUGAGAUUAGAAGUCGGUCUAUACAGUGUCUACUUUCGAGACUGGUUAUCAUUCUUCCCAAGGAAGAGAUUAAAAGUAAUCCGGAUCGAAGAAUGGCAUCAGCAGUGCGCUAAAACACUGAGAGAACUUUAUGAAUUCUUAGCGAUAGAGCCGCUUCGAAUUCCAGCAUUAAUCAAGAUAUGUCAGGACGAUGCGGAAAACACUCGUUCACCAGACAAACUAAGUCUCGGUCCCAUGCUUCCCGAGACGCAACAAUUACUGGAUGAAUUUUACGCUCCUUUUAAUCGUGAACUCGCACGAAUGCUGGGUGAUGAGCGGUAUUUAUGGGACAACAGGAGGCCUGGCAGUAGCGAGGAGUCUGUGCCUUGAAUCUUUCAAACCGUGAUUAUGCCUUAUUAGUUUCAAGAACUUCAGAUCGGGGA